ACCGGAAGCGCUCGGCAGAGCGGUGGAAGCAAAGUGCGUCACACAGCUGAGCCGCAGAGGAAGACAGCAGAGAACCUCAACCCGCGGCUGCAUCGCCGAACAGCACGCCCCGCGUCGCAGAAACCCGAGCCUCCGUCCGCGCGGCAGCAUCAUGGUGAAGAUCGCCUUCAACUCGGCUCUGGCGCACAAGCCGCUCAGCAAAGAGGCUGCGGCCGCUGCCAAGGAUCCUGAAGCGGCCUCUGUCCCCGUGGUUGCAGAGGGAUCAACGGGUCGCUGCCUGCUCACCCUGCUGGGCAUAGCCUUCAUCCUGAGUGGGCUCAUCGUGGGGGCGGCAUGUCUGUACCGGUAUUUCACCCCAAAGAGGCUGUACCACGGCGCCAUGCAGUUCAGCGACGUGUUAACCCCCGAGGAGAGCCAGCCGUACUACCUGCCACGGGUGGAGGAGGAGGUGGAAAUCUCCGACAACAUGGCGGUCAUCAGCGUGCCCCCGCCUCGCUUUAGGCCAGGAGACCCCGCGUACAUCCUGCAUGACUUCCACAGGAAGCUGACGGCGUACCUGGACCUGACUCUGAGGACCUGCUUCGUGAUCCCCCUCAACACCUCGGUGGUGCUCCCCCCUCAGGACCUCAUUGACCUCUUCUCGCAGCUGAUGUCCGACUCGUACCGCAGCUAUCUGGUGCACGAGGACCUGGUGGUGACUGAGCGCAUCGACGACGUCAAGCCUCUGGGCUUCUACAUUCGCCGACUGUGUGACGGAAAGGAAACCUACAGGAUGCAACGCCGUUCCAGCCUGCCAGGCGGAGGCAUCGAGAAGCGUUCGGCCGAGGACUGCUUCACCAUCCAUCACUUUGAGAACAAGUUUGUGACGGAGACCCGGAUCUGCAAGGCCUGAUGGGAAAGCACAAGCAAAAAAGGGUGGUUGAGCGGCAGAGUGUGAGUCACAGAGGGAACGGAAAAGAGUUGGUGGGAGGUGAUGAAACCGACUGCAGAAGAGAGCUACUUUUGUACAAAAACUCCGGUGUUUGCCUCUUGCUUUUUCAGCUAGUGUCGAGUCGAUUUAAGUUCCCGCAUUUGAACCUAUAAGCCUCUCCUCUGCCCCAAACAUGCAGACGUCUUAGCUGUUUUGCUCAAUAUUCUCUAGCUUAUGUGUUGCAAUUAACCCAAGUUGAGUUUCCGUUGACGAUGGUUUUGUUGCUGUAGCUUUCUGCAAACACAUUUUAUUGCUGUUACUGUGUUCUAACACCUUAUGAUUGGAAUUGUUAGUCGUUCUGCUGAAAAGUGAAAUCCUUCAUGUCAGACAUGUCUUGUGUGAUCCUACUCAUGCCAGUAACCUAAAAACAGAUGUGUCCGUAUAUACUACUAUAGGAGUAAUAGCAUUGAUGUUUCCGGGCAAGCGCAAGUACAUUACACACGUAGGAGUCCUUUUCAUUCCUUUUUAUCGACGAUCCGAGAUGCACACGACCGGUUCUGUAGAUACUUCUAUUACCCCAGACCUCUUCUGUUUGUGUUGUGUAUUAGCGUAACCAAUCGUAAGCACUCUGGCACCGUCGACAUGCAGGUAUUGUGUUUGAAAAAUGAAAGAAAUUGCACACUGAAACCGAAAGAUUCCAGUUUGAAGACCGGAUGAGGAAAAAGGGAAAUUUCACAAGCCGAAAGCAUCAUUUUUCUAAUUUGAAGUCUGAUUUUAAAAUUUGAGAGUUCCUGAUUUAUUGUUCUUGGAGACUGCUGUAAGAAUUUUUGUUUUAGUUUUACCAGAACAGCUUAGCUGCUUGGAUUUGUUUGAAGUGAUUAACUUUUACGUCGGUUUGUUUGUAAAGCAAUUCAAAGUGCUUUGCAGAAAAAUAAUUGAUAGAUACAAUUUAAUAAAAGUGUGAGCAAUAAAAAUGUUAUUAAAUUAGAAAAAGAAAAAAACCUUGUGUUGAAUAACUUGAGUCAUUUUAGUUGGUUCUGGGAGACAAUCAGUGAGAAGUUAAAGUUGGCUUUGGACUACUUUUGUAAAAGAACGCUUCAAGAUUUGAAUGAAAUGUGUGUACACUACUAAACCGAGCUGAACCUGGUUGUUGAAUAAAGUUUCUUUUCUUUACCUACCGAAA